UUUUUUUUUAAAGAAACAAGAACCAAAAUAAUUUGUACAUCCAUUAUUUCAAGAGUUGUAUCUCAGGAAAAGAUGUCAUGCACACAAAAUACAUAUCUUUUUGUGGGUUGUACACAAUCUACAAUGUACAUGUAAUACAGCUCUUCUCAGAAUAAUUGCUUUGUAUUAUUAAAGGAAGUCCAUCAGUUGAGAAAAUCAUAAUUGAUGAAGAUUACAUCUGAUGGAAUUUUUAUAUUUAAGUUUGACUACAUUAGUAUGUCAAGACUUAUAAACAAGAAUAUAACUGUGCUGCAAUUACAAAGGUCCAAUAGGAGUAAAUUGUCUUUCAAUCUCUCCAUAUUGACUACAGAGGUGAAAAAUUGAAAAAUGGACAAAAAAGGAAUAAAAAUCAUUCAUGCUUUUGAUUUAGAAAAGGACAAUGAUUCAGAAUUGAAUAGCAUGACAGAGGAAAAUAUUCUUCUAAGAAAGGAGAUCCACAACAAAAACUUUAAAGAAGAUUGCUCAAAGUUACAGUUGUCUAAUGACAAUUCUAAGAGAAAAUCAAAAAGAAAGAAUCAACCAAGUCGAAAUAUUGUGAAAUAUCACUGUUAUGAAUGUAGCACUGACUUUGAAAAUGAACAACUACUCAAAGUACACAGUGUAACAUGUAGUGUUACCACAGAUUUAGACAUGGAAAUUAAACAGGAGCCUGAAAGUGAAAAUGAAUCAGAACUCCAUUCCAUCGAUCAAAAUGAUAAAGUGGAUAAAUAUGGAAAAAAGGUCAAGUGUAGUAUGUGUGCUAGAAGAUUUAAAAGUGAAAAUGGUUUAAAAGGACAUUUGAGAACUGACCAUGGACUGAAUUUGUUUACUUGUGGCAUAUGUCUAAAAUCUUUUAUCACAAAAGCUGCUUGCAAUGAGCAUGUACAGAUUCAUGGUGAAGAGAAACCUUAUGUAUGUGAUGUGUGUGGAAAUAGAUAUGUAUUGAGAGAAUCAUUGACUAGGCACUACAGAGUACAUGAUUCAAAGAAAGCAUAUACUUGUCACGAUUGUGGUAAAGCAUUUGCUGAAAAAAUCAGCUUUACAAGACACAAGACUAUUCAUACAGGAGAGAAGCCCUAUGCCUGCACUGUAUGUGGAAUUGGUUUCCGUGAUCCCAGUACAAUGAGAAAACAUCAGAAACGCCAUAAUACUGAAAAACCAUUUGAAUGUGAAACUUGUCAAAAGAAAUUUGCUAGCGAGUAUGACAAACGAAAACAUGUAAAAAUACAUAUUAAAAAUGAUGAUCGCCAGUUCAAAUGUGAAUAUUGUGGUAAAGGGUUUUAUUUAGUCACAGCCUACAGAAUACAUCUCAAAAUCCACACUGGCAAUAAAUCUCAUGUCUGUGAUAUAUGUCAUAAAGGGUUCGCAGACCCAAGAAACUUGGUUUCACAUAAACAGAUACAUACAGAAACAAAAGGUCUCCAGUGUGAGCAUUGUGGACAGACAUUCCGCUGGCAUUGCAAUCUCAUUCGUCAUAUUAAUGCGGUACAUUUUGGAGGAAAACCAUUUAAAUGCAAUACUUGUUCUGAAGAAUUUAUUGAUAAAGCAGCUCUUAUAAAUCAUUCAGAAACACAUCUUAAGGAUAAACCUUAUAAAUGUGAAAUCUGUAAUUUUAGGUUUGCUUAUCGUAGAUCAUUGGUCUAUCAUGAAAAAACUCAUACCAAUAAAAAACCAUAUCAGUGUCUUUUAUGUGAUCAGGUCUUUGCACACAAAAAAUCAGUUACAAGACACAUGAAGAUCCACAAUAAAGGUCAAAGGAAUAAAGUAAUUGUAGAACAGAGUAGUGAUGAUUAUAUAUUAAAACUUAUUGACAAAGAAAAGAAUGUUAUUGAAGAAGACAUGAAUGAAUGUGAGAUUGCUGAAGAAGACCUGAAUGAGUGUCAGAAUGAUGAAGAAUACAUUGAAGAUGAAAAUAAUGGUUUUGAUGUUGAAACACAAAUGUACAUCCUGAAUACAUAAAUCCAAAGCUAGGACAUGCAGCUAAUGAAGUGAUAAUGAAACGUUUUGAUCAAAGUUAGGACAUGCAGCUAAUGAAGUGAUAAUGAAACGUUUUGAUCAAAUUAGGGCAUGCAGCUAAAGAAGUGAUAAUGAAACGUUUUGAUCAAAGUUAGGAAAUGCAGCUAAUGAAGUGAUAAUGAAAUGUUUUGAUCAAAGUUAGGGCAUGCAGGCCAGCUAAAGAAGUGAUAAUGAAAUGUUUUGAUCAAAUUAGGGCAUGCAGCUAAAGAAGUGAUAAUGAAAUGUUUUGAUCAAAGUUAGGGCAUGCAGCUAAAGAAGUGAUAAUGAAACGUUUUGAUCAAAGUUAGGGCAUGCAGCUAAUGAAGUGAUAAUGAAAUGUUUUGAUCAAAGUGGCAUGGACAAAGCAAUUACACACCUAACAUUGUUCAUGAUAGUAAACACCGCAACGGGUAACAAUUACCAUGAUUACCAGUAAGAGAUUUGUCUGAAUAUGUACAAUCCUUAGAAACAUCCAACUAGAAUCAUGGAAAUCAACACUGGAUUAUUAUAUCCGAUAUCUUUGACACCAGAUUACUGUCUGGCUUAGCAAUCGAAAAGAGGGAGGAACUUUGAUAAAAAUUUUGAUUGCAAAAAAUAUUAAAUUAUGCAGUUCUAAGUAACAAUCAAGCCUACCUUCAUAAAAAGGAAACAUUUGAAAAAUCCCUGAAUUAUACAAGAGGAGAACUGACCCAUAGAGAUUAUGUUUGUGUCUUUAAUUACAAAUUUCAGCCUUUAAUAUAAUUGUAAAUAGUUUUAUGUUUUUAUUUGCAUACAUUUUUUUGUUUUGUACUUUUGAAAUGUGCUGUUAAAUGACUUGAAAUGACUGACUCUGCCAAAGUUAAAUGUCUGUCCCAGACUCAGAAAAAGAUGAUGGAAAUCAUUUUUGUUUUAAGAAAAAUUGGCAACUAUUUAUGAAAAUUUUUAGAACAUAUUAACAUUGUUUAUGAAGACUGAUUAUACAAGGACUGAAGGUUACACUAGAUUAGUUUCAUGGCUUAUUGAGCAGAUUUUAUUAUCACUAAUUUACAUUGUCACUUCAUUACAAUAAUUACGAAUUCAGGUAAAAGUAGAGACAGAAACGUUUAUAGUGGAUGCAGACAGGCAGUAUAAAUGAUGAAUUCAGGUAAAAGUAGAAACAGAAGCGUUUAUAGUGUAUGCAGACAGGCAGUAUAAAUGAUGAAUUCAGGUAAAAAGUAGAAACAGAAGCGUUGAUAGUGGAUUCAGACAGGCAGUAUAAAUGACGAACUCAGGUAAAAGUAGAGACAGAAGCGUUUAUAGUGGAUGCAGACAGGCAGUAUAAAUGACGAAUUCAGGUAAAAGUAGAGACAGAAACGUUUAUAGUGGAUGCAGACAGGCAGUAUAAAUGACGAAUUCACGUAAAAGUAGAAACAAAAGCGUUUAUAGUGGAUGCAGACAGGCAGUAUAAAUGAUGAAUCCAGGAAAAAGUAUAGACAGAAGCGUUUAUAGUGGAUGCAGACAGGCAGUAUAAAUGAUGAAUUCAGGUAAAAGUAGAGACAGAAACGUUUAUAGUGGAUGCAGACAGGCAGGAUAAAUGAUGAAUCCAGGAAAAAGUAUAGACAGAAGCGUUUAUAGUGGAUGCAGACAGGCAGUAUGAAUGAUGAAUUCAUGUAAACGUAGAGACAGAAGCGUUUAUAGUGGAUGCAGAUAGGCAGUAUAAAUGACGAAUUCAGGUAAAAGUAGAGACAGAAACGUUUAUAGUGGAUGCAGACAGGCAGUAUAAAUGAUGAAUUCAGGUAAAAGUAGAUACAGAAGCGUUUAUAGUGGAUGCAGACAGGCAGUAUAAAUGAUGAAUUCAUACAAGUAACUUGAAUUUAAUUAAUAAAAUAUGUGUACACUAA